AUGGGGAAUGUGAGCAGCAACAUCAGUAAAAACCCUAUAGUUGCCAGGUCAAACUCAAGUGCUCCAGGAGUGUUGAGAUUAUACAACCUGGGAGAUCAUAUAUUUCCAUACAAAGCUUCCCAUGGAACAGAAGUUUAUCCAAGCAUCCACCUGGCAACAAAGAUCAAUGAGUCCGAAAAGCUACUUUCAAAGCAUCUCUUGCUUUCACCAAGGCUGGAAGAGAUCACAAGCAGGGAGAUGGACAUAUACUACAACAUUAUAAACAGAGAUAGCAUUGUUGACGAUAUUCUGGCAAAGAGCGACCAAACAAUGCCACUGCAUUAUAAUCCAGUGGAGGAUGGCAAUCAGAUGUACAUGUGUAGGCAGUUUGUGGUUGAGUUGACUGAAGAAAUAGCAGAUGCAAAGGAUCUUCGGAUUCUACAGGCAUGCUGCAACUAUCUAACAAGGAUUCCCAGGCAAAUCGGAUCUCUUGUCAAUCUCAAGGUUCUUGUUCUCUCUAAAAAUAGAAUCCGAAGUCUUCCAGAAGACAUUGGCCUCCUAAAGAGCCUGAAAGAACUCAAUCUAUCUCAAAACAUGCUAUCUGAUCUUCCAAGAGGGACUUCUUCUCUCAAAAUACUGAAUGCGCUUCAUAUAGACAAUAACAUGUUUACUGCUUUACCAAUAGUGAUUGGAAGGCUUCAUGGACUGAAGUAUUUGAAUGUAUCCAACAACAGGAUUCAAAGCAUCCCACUUGAAAUCCUGAAGCUUCCGUUUUUAAUAGAACUGAUGACCAAUUCGUGUGACUUUGAUACCAGAGAUGCAGUUGAAUGUGUUGGACAACCCACUCUCAAAGAAACAUGCUCCAGACAUCUGAUAAGAAACAAUCUGAACGUUUAUAGAGAUAUUAAUGGGCCAUUGGCAAGGUAUCUUUUAUCAGUACAAGAGUGCUCGUUCUGUGGAGGACCAUUCUUUGAGCAAUACUAUCUGCAUAGAAGCAUGCAGAUGUUUGACUCUGAAAGAAUUCCUGUUGUAUACAAGAUCUGCUCAAGACAUUAUAGCAAACAUGAAGAUAGAAUUGCAGCUUUAUUCCUUGGGUCUUUGAGAACAUAUCCAGAGAAAUUGAUAAAAGAAAACAUGCCGUUCGUAAGCGAGCUGUUUAAUACAUUUGGAUAUAGUAUAGAGCAGACGAGUGUGCUUGAGCAAGGCCUGAAUAGCAUAGGCUCAAGUACGAUGCCUCUUAUCUGUCUUUCGAGAUACAAUGAGCAUAGGCAAGAAGAUAUCAUUGAAUAG